GUUAUUGAAAAGAAGAGGCACGAGGGAUAAGCAUGAUGUUUACUUGACUUCUGCACGAGGUUACUUCAUAAUGUUUUUGCACAUGCCCCCACUCUUGCUUUCUGGAUUGUUGCAGGUCGUCAAAGCAAAUAGCGUUUAACACAUCGGCUGGCUUUCAGCUGAAAAUAUAAGGACGUACUUUUGUGUUCAGUCUGUUCGUGUCGCAAGAUGGAGCAAAAUGGUGGACGAGAAACCAAAUUCAGGUUUGCAAUCGAUAGAGGUGGCACAUUCACUGAUGUAUAUGCAGAAUGCCCAAAUGGAAAGAUUCGUGUAAUGAAGCUGUUGUCAGAGGACCCAGCAUACCCAGAUGCGCCGACUGAGGCCAUCCGAAGAAUCCUCGCUGAGGAAACAAACUCAGAUUUUCCAGAAGGAAUGCAGGUUGACACAAGAAAUAUUGAAAGUAUAAGAAUGGGAACCACUGUCGCAACCAAUGCAUUGUUAGAGCGAAAAGGGGAGAGGAUAGCACUUGUGAUUACUAAAGGCUUCAGGGACCUUUUACACAUUGGCAAUCAGUCAAGACCAAAUUUAUUUGAUUUGGAAAUUGUGAUGCCAGAUGUUUUAUAUGAAGAAAUUGUUGAGGUUAAAGAGAGAGUUGUUUUUAAGCAGCAAAAAUGUCAGCUCAACAAAGGAGAAAUGACAGUUAGGGGAAAAACAAAUGAAGAGCUUGAGGUUUGGGAAGAGUUAGAUGAAGAACAGUUAAAAAAAGAUUUUCAGGACUUACUUCAAAAAGGAAUUCGCAACCUUGCAGUUGUGUUGAUGCAUGCAUUUUCGUAUGAUUCACACGAGCAAAGGGUUGGUGAAAUUGCAAAAGAAAUGGGAUUUGAACAAGUCUCACUCUCUUCCAACAUUAUGCCGAUGGCGCGUAUUGUACCGAGAGGGUAUACAGCAUGUGCCGAUGCUUACCUCACUCCAUGCAUCAAGAAGUAUGUUCGAGGCUUUUCCCAGGGCUUUCAAAAGAACCUGCAGGGCGUUCGAGUUCUUUUUAUGCAGUCUGACGGUGGCCUUACACCCGUUGACAGGUUCAUUGGAAGCAGAGCAAUUCUUUCUGGACCAGCCGGAGGAGUGGUUGGCUAUGGACUAACAACUUUCGAUCCUGCAGUGAACAAGCCUGUCAUUGGUUUCGAUAUGGGAGGCACAUCAACUGACGUGUCCAGGUAUGCCGGUGCAUACGAACAUGUAUUUGAGACAACAACCGCUGGAGUCAGCAUCCAGGCACCACAGUUGGACAUCAACACUGUUGCUGCUGGAGGCGGGUCCAGACUGUUUUUUCGAGCUGGGAUGUUUGUUGUUGGUCCGGAGUCGGCUGGAGCCCACCCUGGUCCGGUUUGCUACAGGAAAGAUGGCUACCUUGCUGUCACUGAUGCUAAUUUGGUUCUUGGCCGCAUUUUACCAGAAUAUUUUCCAAAGAUAUUUGGUGCUACCAAAGAUAUGCCGUUGGACAAAGAUGCAGCUAUCAAACAGUUUGAAAAGCUAACAAGUGAGAUAAACGAUUUCAGAGCCGCACAGAACGAUCAAAUGCCAUUAUCGAUCGAAGAAGUUGCAAUUGGUUUCAUAAGAGUAGCUAACGAGGCCAUGUGUAGGCCCAUUCGGGCACUUACGCAGGCAAAGGGAUACGACACUGCGAAGCACAUCCUGUCCUGUUUUGGCGGUGCUGGCGGACAACAUGCUUGCUCCAUCGCAGCUUCAUUAGGGAUGUCAGAGAUAUUUAUUCAUAAGUAUUCGGGUAUUUUGUCGGCAUAUGGCAUAGCUCUUGCUGACGUUGUACACGAAGCCCAAGAGCCUUCCGCAGACACAUACAACAAAGAUGCAUUCGACCGCAUUGAUGCCAGAAUUGAUGCACUUAUUGAGCAAUGCAACGCAGAAUUGACAAGACAGGGAUUUUCCAGCGCUCUGAUAUCUUGUGAACCAUUUUUGCAUAUGAGAUAUGAAAAAACUGACUGUGCUUUGAUGUGUUCUGCAUCUGAAAUCAAGAAAGAAGAAUGUGGUAAACACGGUGACUUUAAAACUUCCUUCCUGAAAAGAUAUCAAAUGGAAUUCGGCUUUGUUAUUCCUGACCGGCCAAUCAUAGUCGAUGAUAUUAGGGUGAGAGCCACGGGACGAUCAAAUAUUCAGAUCGAGAAGAAUGUUCCAGAAGCCACUUCACCUCCCAGAGUAGAAACAGUUACAAAAUGUUAUUUUGAAGAGGGCUACCUGAGCACCAAUGCUUACCUUAUGGAGGACUUGACAUUUGGUCACAUGAUAAAUGGACCUGCCAUUAUUAUUGACAAGAACAGCACUAUUCUGGUGGAGCCUGGAUGUCAAGCUGCAGUUACAAAGACUGGAGACAUUCGAGCCCAGAUUCUGUCAAGAAAGGGACAGCACCUCAUUGGAGAAAAAUUAGACCCUAUUCAACUAUCAAUAUUCUCACAUCGAUUCAUGAGUACAGCUGAGCAAAUGGGAAGGGUAUUGCAGAGAACCUCAAUUUCAACGAAUAUAAAGGAAAGGCUGGAUUUUUCUUGUGCAAUGUUUGGACCAGAUGGUGGCUUAGUUGCGAAUGCACCACAUAUUCCGGUUCAUCUUGGUGCGAUGCAGGAAACUGUGCGGUACCAGAUAAAUGCUCUUGGUGAUAGCCUAAAAGAAGGUGACGUCAUACUGAGUAACCACCCAUCGGCUGGGGGCAGCCAUCUCCCAGACCUUACUGUCAUAACUCCAGUUUUCUAUGAAGAGCAUCCACGUCCUGUUUUUUAUGUUGCGAGUCGUGGACAUCAUGCCGACAUUGGUGGCAUCACACCAGGUUCCAUGCCUCCUCAUUCCAAAUCCAUUUUUGAAGAGGGUGCUGUCUUUAUGUCUUUCAAAUUGGUGGAGAAUGGAGUGUUUCAAGAAGAUGCAUUGAUAAACUCUCUGCUACACGAACCCAAGAAGCAUCCAGGAAGCUCUGGCACUCGCAACCUGAGUGACAACAUAUCUGACUUGAGGGCUCAGGUCGCUGCCAAUCAAAAGGGAAUCCAACUAAUCCAGGAUUUGAUAAGAGAGUACGGAUUAAAAGUCGUACAAGAUUACAUGGGAUACAUACAGGAAAAUGCAGAGAUUGCUGUAAGGGAAAUGUUGAAAGAGAUUGCAAAGAAAACCAAAGCCCGAACUGGUAAGACUGACUUAUCAGCCAUUGAUUACAUGGACGAUGGUUCACCAAUCAAGCUCAAAAUCUCGAUCAACGAGACUGAGGGUACAGCAAAGAUCGAUUUUACUGGAACCGGCCACGAAGUUUGGGGUAAUAUCAAUGCCCCGAGAGCUGUUACGCUGUCAGCUUUAAUAUAUUGUCUUCGAUGUAUGGUCGGCCAUGAUGUGCCUUUGAAUCAGGGAUGCUUGGCCCCGGUUGAGGUUGUCAUUCCAAAAGGCAGUUUGAUUGAUCCUUCUGAAACUGCAGCAGUUGUUGGUGGCAAUGUCUUAACUUGCCAGCGAGUUGUCGACGUAAUUUUCAAGGCAUUUGGAACUUGUGCUGCUUCACAGGGGUGCAUGGGCGUCACUACGUUUGGUGAUGACAAGCUUGGAUAUUGUGAGACAGUCGCUGGUGGUGCUGGCGCUGGGCCAGGUUGGCACGGUCGUGGUGGUGUACACACCCAUAUGACAAACACGCGUAUCACAGACCCAGAAAUUCUUGAACGAAGGUAUCCCGUGAUGCUUAGGCAGUUUUCCUUGAACAAAGGAACUGGAGGUAAAGGUGAAUUCUCUGGUGGGGAUGGAAUUAUAAGAGAGCUUUACUUUAGGAAAGAUUUGACGUUAUCAAUUUUGUCAGAAAGAAGAGCUUUUAGGCCAUAUGGACUUGAAGGUGGACUACCAGGGAAACGGGGUCGAAAUUUUCUGAUAAAAUCAGACAACAGAGUGAUCAACUUGCAAGGAAAAGCCUCUGUUCCAGUCCUUCCUGGGGACUGUUUCCGAUUAGAAAGCCCUGGCGGAGGAGGAUAUGGCAAGCCUAUAUCUAGUGAAUCGAAUGACGAAGACCAGCAACUACUCGCAGAUGCGGCAGCUCUCGUUGGAAGCGAAACGACAGAGGCCGAAAAUCCUUCGAAAAAGCGUAAGAUUCAAGAAAGCUCCUCAAAGACCUACACAGAGAGGGGUAGUGUUCAUGAAUAUAGGAGGCUUCAAGAAUCGGUCUAAACGCGUUCAAGCGAAGCAAGUAACUUUUUACAAUUGAAUCUAUUAUUGAUUAUUAUUAGUUGGAUUUUAAGCAUAAUAUGAGGAUACUCACCAGAUGCAUUUAACAACACCAUUAUACAGGCAUUUUUUGCAAAGAAUGCCAAAUAUUAAGUAUCAAACUACCAGAAAAGCCUCUUUUUAUACGGUUUUACGAUGCCUGUAUAUUCCCCCCCCCCAAUUUUUUCAGACCCCCCCCCCAUUUCUCAACGCUCCGCGGUGCCUGUCAUAUCAAUACAAAGAAAAUCCUAACUUUAAAAGAGUUUUCGAUUCAUACGAUAUUUUACACACGUCACACCAACAAAUUCUGUGCAUAGAAAUUGUGGAGAAGGGUGCGGGACAAACAAUGCUGGUUUUCUUGUCCAUUCCACUUUUGCCUGAAUGAUGAAAAGUAAGGUUAACAGUAACUACACGAUUAUUUUAGCACUAGCUUGUAUCGUUCAAUGUAUUCUGUAUUCUGGUCAAUGUCAAUGUAUUCUGGUGCUAUUAACUACCAAUUUUAUCAAAUAUACAUAACUAGUCCGUUCGACAUCGUAUUUUUGAUUACUAAAGUAGAAUUGGGACUUGCUCUAGAUGAUUUUAUAGUAUUUUCUCUCAAUAAACAUAUUUGAAUUUUGAAAUGAAAUUUGUAAUUCUUCA